AAAACAUCCCAGACUUUACUCUCUUCACUGCUACAAGUGGGUUUUAUUCGCCCACAACUCCUUCCGUCAAAGUCCCAUAGCCACUACAAUCGCUUUCGCUGAUAACCCUCUGUUCUACUGGCCCACCUCUAGACACAUUCCUGUCCUUCCAUCGUCAUCUGCCCUUUUCACGGUACGAUCACGUUCCCAAACUGCAAAUAGAUUUGCUAUUAUACUCCUGAAAUCAUUGGUGGUGCCUCAUCGAUACUACAUUGCUAUCAGAGUUGAUCACUAGCUUUUUUUUUUCGAUAUCAUUUCCCUGACUUCCUUGCUAUCAUCUUGCCAUCGCUUUCCUAAAAAAUCGUUAAAGGUGCACCCCAAAUUCCACUCUACUGAUAUUCCUGAUCAGUUAGUUGUUGACAUUUAAUACUAUUUGCUGUGCAUUCACCAUCACAGCCUACUCGCCUAACCGUCCUGUUUAUUCAUUAAAACUAUCAUACAUGGCAGACAUUUCCUCGGAAACUCUCCCCACAGUGCCCUACCACAAUACGGGCCGUAACUACGUCCAAGAUACGGUAUCCUCCCUCAAAGGAAAACAGUACGCCACACUCUCGGAUAUCGACUGGGACUACGAGUACAAGGCCGAACGGUUACGCCGCUUCCAACUUCUGGAGAAGGUGGGGCAGUUGGCAGACCUUGCGCGGCGCUGGGUGGUAGUGGUUGCAAUUGGCGUGGCUGUUGGCCUUGUUGCAGGUGGUAUGGACAUCUCGUCUACCUGGCUCCACAACAUGCGCUCGGGCUUCUGCACCAAAGGUUUCUACCUCACAGAGGCGGUGUGCUGCACCGGGAUUGCGGACGGUGAUGUCUGCACUGCGUGGAAGACGUGGAACAUGGUGUUCCACAUCCGCACCGACAGUCUCCUGUCGUUCUUCUUCCGCUACUUCAUCUUUAUCGUGACGUCGCUCAUCCUCGCGGCGUUGACGGUGGUGCUCAUGCUCAUGGCGCCACUCGCGCAGAAAUCGGGAAUCGCCGAGAUCAAGGCCAUCAUCUCCGGACUUGUCAUGGACAGCUUUCUUAGUACCGAUGUUCUCCUCUGCAAGGCAGUGGGUUUGGUCACGGUGGUUAGCUCCGGGAUUUGGGUGGGCAAGGAAGGCCCGUUGGUGCACGUGGCGUGCUGUUUAGCCGAAUUUAUUGUCCGCUUCACAGCCGAGAACUCCAACCAGGCGUUGAAACGCGAGAUGUUGAACUCAGCGGCUGCAGCAGGGAUGGCAGUCGCGUUUAAUGCACCGAUUGGCGGAGUGCUCUUCACGUUGGAGCAACUCAACACCCGUUUCUUUGUAGACCGUUUAAUGUGGCACUCGUUUGUGUGCGCCACGACCGCGGUAAUGGUGCUUCAGCUCCUUUCGCCAUUCGAUGACGGGUCAGACGUGCUCUUCAAGGUGGACUCGAAUAACAAUUGGUUGUUUCUCGAGAUCUUCCCAUUCAUGCUCUUGGGCGGGUUGGGCGGGUUGUACGGGUAUUUGUUUAACAAGGUGAACCUUCUAGUCGCGCGCAUGCGCAGAAAGCUCAUUGGCGACACGAACUACCAUCUCCUUACGACGGAAGUCAUUGGCAUUGCGUUUGUCACAUCGCUUCUUAGCUUCCCACUCCUCUUCUCGCGCCUUUCCCUUUCCACCUUAAUCACACGCCUCUUCCGCGACUGUGCAGCGCAAAGCACGUCGCAGAUCAUCGGCGGCUUGUGCGAAGACCACACGGUGAUCCACUGGAAGACCUUGGGGUUGUUGUUUCUUACGGGCUUCCAAGGCUUUGUUCUCACGUGCUACUCCUACGGUGCCUUCAUCCCCGGUGGUGUCUUGAUGCCAUCCAUGGCCUUGGGUGCCAUCACCGGCCGCAUCUUCGGCAUCAUUAUGCAGCACAUCGAGCUCUCCCAUCCGUCCUGGAAGGUCUUUGCCUUCUGCUCUGAGUCCAACACAUGUGUCUCGCCCGGGUCGUACGCGGUAGUAGGCGCUGCGGCUUCCGUCACAGGCGUCACGAAGAUGACUGCAUCCGUGGUAGUAAUCAUGUUUGAGUUGACCGGUGCGUUGACCUACGUGUUGCCAAUCAUGAUUGCAGUGUUAGUGUCGCGCUUUGUGUCAGACGCCUUGGCCCGCGAGGGCUGUUAUGAGUUGUGGAUCAAGUACGCCAAGAUCCCGUACUUCUCCGACUCUACCAAGCCAUUGCCUCCUGUGGAAACCAGCCGCCUCAUGACGAAAUUAGAUGACUUGAAGGUUAUCUACCAGGACAGUGUAACACUCGGUGACCUCCGCUUCUUGGCUCAUAACUAUGACUACCAGUACUUUCCGUUACUCCGCUCCCCCCACGGUAACAAGCUCAUUGGGCUUGUGAAUCGCUUGGACUUAGUUUCUGAGUUAGUAAAGGUCCUGAAUGCGGAUUCGGAACUGCCCGUUCUCAUUGCACUUCCUAAUGAGAGUCACUACACCCCGGUGUCGGUUACAGAUGGUAGCGUCACUGUGUCGCCGCUUGUCGAAACGGAUAUCGUACCUGUAUCGCCGAACCUUCCGUUUCCAUCCUUAGUCAGUCUCUUCAAGACGCUCAGUUGGAGUGUGGGUGUAGUUGUGUCUAAGGGUGCGCUCUGCGGACUUAUCACAAAGAAGGAUGUGGUGGAGUUACUCGACGGAGAUAUGUAUCUCGGGUAUCAAGCUGAAAGGCGGGUUGAACCAGGUCUGGAUCGGUUGAUGGAUGAUUAUUCUUAGGCUGGCGAGGAUGAAUGUAACCUGAAGGGUGUUUUGUGCUUCAAAAAUUUUUUUUUUG